AUACUCCCUCCUUGCAGUUCCAGUAACUUUUCCAUCGAGUUUUGAUUAAGAAGUGGAAAAAGAAAAGGAGAGCAGGAAAGUCUUCCUAUGGACCUUUCUGUCUUGGAGAUGGUCAAUAGCCAAAUUAUGCGAUCCAGGAUCAUCGUCACACACCCACUAUACCCUUAAAAUAAGCCUUCUCUGAGCGAAGAAAGAAAGGGAGUUUGAGGAAAAUGACAAUCCCAAGACUGAUUAAGUCAUUGGCGACAGCCAACAAAUCAGAGGAACUGCUAACAAAAUUUGCAUGGAAAGAGCGAAUGAAGCAAGGUGACGCAUCUGAAUUGCUGGUGUAUGAUUUUGACAGCGUACUCCUCGCGACAGACAACUUCAAUGCGAAAAACAAACUUGGGCAGGGACGGUUUGCCCCGUUUAUAAGUUAAAAAUAAGCCUUCUUCGAGGGAAAUACAGAGAUCAACCAAGAUCUGAUAGCUAUGUUCAUUUGGAAACAGGGAAAGCUGAAUGAUGGUAAGGAGAUAGCUGUGAAGAGACUUUCGAGCAUCUCAGGCCAAGGCAUAGCUGAGUUCAAGAAUGAGAUCCUUCUAAUAUCCAAACUACAACACCGAAAUCUGGUGAGACUUGUCGGUUACUGCACAGAAGGAGAAGAAAAGACAAUAGUGUACGAGUACUUGCUGAACAAGAGCCUGGACGCCUUUCUUUCUGAUUCAACAGAGAAGGCAAAACUUCACUGGGCCAUAUGCUUCCGCAUUAUCCUCGAGGUCACAAGAGGGCUGCUCUGCCUCCAAUGCAAUUCUUGCCCCAGGGUCAUACAUCAGGUUUUGAAAGAGAGCAACAUUCUCUUGGAUGAAAUGAUGAAUCCCACAAUUUCAUAUUUUGGGCUGGCACAGAUAUUCGAAGGCACUCAAGAUUUGAUUAAUUAAUACUCACGAAGUUGUUGGCACGUUGUAAGCUUUCUAUCACCCCUCUUAAGAGUAGAUACUCAUGAGGCAAUUUGUCACCUAGACAGCAGAUUAGCCGUAUAAUGCGCUCACCUUUCC